AUGUUUAAAUCAUUAUUAGUGCUGCUUUUUGCUAUUAUAAUUUUAUGGCAACAGAAGAACACUAAUGGUCAACUCGGACAACUCGGACAGUCUAUUAAAGAUACAUUUGCUGAGUUCGACUUACUAACAGCUGCCAUAUCAGAUGCUGAGAACAUCAACAGCGGAGGAGUUUCUUAUGUUGAGGAGGCAAAUACCCCAGCAUUUUAUGAACUGAAACCAUAUGCAAACUUAAGGAAUCCAUUCAGAAUCAUUUUCCCUGAGCGUUUAAAAAACUUUGCAUUAAUAGCCACAAUCCGCAUAACGAAUAAAUCAGAUGGAUACCUUUUUUCAAUUGUCAACAGUUUGGAUACUAUGGUUCAGUUUGGCUUAAAACUUUCUCAGACUCAAAGGAAUUACAUGAAUGUUUCAUUGAUAUAUAAUGAUCCGCACUUGUCUCCAUUGAACUUAAACAUUCCAUUCAUUUCAUUUCUCUUGCCAUUCGAACAAAUGAAAUGGGUCAACUUUGCAAUACAGAUGGUCGAUGAUAGAGUAUCAUUUUAUCAUAGUUGCAUUAAGAUUGAUGAACGGAAUAUUUCAAAUGAGCAUAAGGAACUAAUAUUUGAGUCAUCUUCCAUUUUCUAUUUAGCGCAAGCAGGAAGUAUAUUAAAGGGUAACUUUGAGGGUUCAAUUCAGUUUUUAAAAUUAUAUGAUUAUCCUGAGUUCGUUUCAAUUGUUUGUAACAAAACUAAUAUUGCGGCAAACAGUGACAACGAUUUCAACGACUACAGUAACGAAAAUGAAAGUCCAGUUUUACAAGCACCCCCAGAUUUUAAAAAUUACGGCUAUCGUGUAACAAAGGGCGAAAAAGGUGAUAGGGGUCCUAAGGGAUCCGCUGGUGAUUCAAUAAGAGGUCCACCAGGUCCACCAGGCCCAAAAGGCGAAUGUGAAAUAAUUCAAGUAAAUAAUGCUAGCAAUAAGAUUGAGCAUAAAAUUGAUGUAGCAUCAUGUAGUUGCAACCUAGACAAUAUUAUGGACAUUUUGCACAAUGAAACGGUAAGAAGUAUUUUAAGAGGACCUAAAGGAGAUGAAGGAGUUCCUGGAAAAAUCGGGCUUAUGGGCCCACCUGGAACUAAAGGUGACAAAGGGGAAAAGGGUUCGGACGGUAUAGAUGGUACCCCUGGAUUGCCUGGAACCCCUGGUGAAAACUAUGAAAACCCAUCUAAUUGGGACUCAUCAUCUAGGAUGUAUAAGGAAUCGAUGAUGUCAAACAUACCAGGAAUGAGAAUGAAAGAAGCUCAGAAAGGUGAAAAAGGUGAUAUGGGUAUGAAAGGACUCAAGGGCGAGAGCAUAAAAGGUGAAAAAGGAGAUCCAGGUCUUUCAGCACCAAUAUAUCCUGAUGCCCAAAAUUGCAGUUGUUCAAAAGGAGAGAAAGGAUUGAAAGGAAAACGUGGCAAGACUGGCUCACAGGGCGUGAAAGGAGAAAUGGGGGUUAAAGGAGAGAAAGGAGAAUCCGCUCAAGGAUUCAAUGCUUUUGGAGAUGAAGGUCUGAACUACCAAAAACCAAUAUUGGGAACAGUGACGUUUCAAAAUACAGACUCAAUGAUUAAACAAUCGUCGUCACAUGCGGUUGGAACAAUAGCUUAUGUUGUAGAUGAAGAAGCGCUUCUUGUAAAGGUCAAUAAAGGUUGGCAGUAUAUUGCACUUGGUACAUUAGUUCCAUUAACAACACAACCUUAUGUUACAACAUCCGUUUCACCUACUUACUCCUAUGGACCGGUUGAUUUUCAAGCCUCAAAUCUUCUAAAUAGCAAUAAUAUUUUGAAGUCUCCUGAAAGCUAUACUUUUACAACUCCACCCGAAUAUGAAUCUUGGAAUCCAAAAAUGUUGAGAUUGAUAGCAUUGAACGAAGCUUAUUCUGGUAAUCUUCAAGGCUUAAGAAAUGCUGAUUUGAAUUGCCAUAGACAGGCAAGACGAGCAGGAAUUUUGGGAAACUUCCGAGCAUUUUUGUCAACGCGAAUUCAAAAUUUGGACUCAUUAGUUAAAAUAGAAGACAGAGAUUUACCAAUCACCAAUUUGCGUGGUGACGUGCUUUUUAAUUCGUGGAAUGCUAUUUUCAAUAAUGCACAAGGAGGCUUCCUUUCAUCUCCAAGAAUACUAAGUUUCAGUGGAAAAAAUGUUAUGAAUGAUAAUAAUUGGCCUCAUAAGGUUGUUUGGCAUGGUGCAAAAGCAGAUUCAAUAGAUUCAAAUUGUGACGGAUGGCAUAAUAGUUUUCCAGAGAAAGUCGGCUUAGGAAGUAGUUUACUAGGAAAUAAAUUGCUUGCUCAAGAAAUGUACAGCUGUCAGCAGAAGAAUAUUGUUUUAUGUAUUGAGGUUUUAUCACAUGAUUCCUCAAAUCGUCGCAAGCGAGAGAAUUUCGAUGAUACUUACGAUAUUGAAAAAAGCAUGCUUUAGAGAAAGAGAAAUAAUUCUAUUCCUGGAUUCCGAUGUUUUUAAAAUUGGAACGAGUAAAUAUGUAUGACAAAAUCGUUAAAUGUCAAUCUGCAUAGAAGAAUAAGAACUUUUAAGUUUUUACUGUUCAUUUUUAAGAAAUGUUAUUUGAAUAAACUGAUUCGAUUGUAGAAACUUUUUUUUAAUAUCUUAAUGUUAUUUUAAAUGAAUUAUGAAUAAAAC